UGUAAAGUAUGGAUGUGUUAAAUUACACAGAGGAGAGAACUAAAUUAAAAAUAUUGUAAUUUUGUUGAGUAAGGGACCCCUGCUUGGACCUAAUUUUCUUAUAAAAAGAAUGGAGCAGGACUGUAAUGUUAACCUGAAGUGGGACGCCCACCAGACCACAUUAAAAUCUGUUUUUGACAACCUUUUAGACACUGAGAGUUUAGCUGACUGUACUGUUGGUGCUGAGGGCCAGCACUUAAAAGCACACAAAAUAAUGCUUUCAGCUUGUAGUCGAUAUUUUGAGGUGUUAUUCAGUCAGCACUAUGGACAGCACACUGUUAUCUUAUUACCUGGGGUGCAAUUCCAUAUCUUAAAGGCACUGGUCGAAUUCAUGUACCGUGGUGAAGUACUCGUACCACAAGACGAAAUUGAUGCUUUACUACAGCUAGCCAAUUUCUUGCAAGUGAAAGGAUUAUCGUAUGACGACAAUACAGUGUCAGAGAAGAAACAGGAUUACAGGAGGAGGAACACAUCAGCCACGUACUCUGAAUGCACACCUUCUCGUGAACACACACCUUCUCAGUGUCACGUCUCCCCUGAGAGCUACAAACAGUGUGCCUCUCCAGAAUUAUUAGAAGUAUGUGGCAGCAGCUCUCAGUCAGAAUGUUUGCAGAAACAGAAUUAUACAAAAGUGACUCCCAUUUCAACACCUGCUCGGAUGCGCAAGAAAAGCAAUUGGAAUUCAUCGAGGGAAGAACCGCCGGCCCAUCAAGAUCUAGUACCUCCGUCGCACACUGCAUCCCAUAAUUUUCCACUUCAGAGAUCAGAGCUAUCAGAUAAAAGUAACUCAGCUCGUAGUAUGUUUCCAGAUACAGUAGUCGGCCCAUCUCUGACAAGCCAGUUGCCUGUUCUAAGUGAAGGAAACUUCAGUGAAUUGAUGCUAUCAAAAGAAGAAUUAACUACAGCGAAACCUUCGAAUUCAGUGACAAGAACACCAUUGUGUCCAACAGUGAGUGAAGACAAUAGCAUUUUAGAAGCAUUUGCAGAACCAAAGCAAGAGAAUUGUGAUUCAAAUGAAGACUGUGGGGAUGAUGUCAUUCUAGACAGUGAUGAUACCCAGCAUCAGAAUAUCAGUGAUGAUGUCAGUGGGGUAACUGAGAGUUCUUUCUGUGAUGAAGAUUCCUUUCCUCAGCAAAUGUGGUUUCAACAGAUGGAAAGGACUGACAAGGCACCCACAGAACAUACUCCUGCCUCAAACAAUCGAUUCAAGUGCCAGUCUUGUAAUAGGUCUUAUCGACAUCACAGAGAUUUGGUAAGACAUUUGAAAUAUGAAUGUGGGAAAGAACCUCAGUUUCAGUGCCCUCAUUGCUUAGUUCGAUUUACACACAAACACACAUUAAAAGUGCACAUGGGUAGACAUCAAUAUUAACUGAAGAGCAGUUUGCAGACUUAUCUGUUGAGUUCUGUGAUGUGUGCCAGGUAUUGCUGCAGGGAUGAAUCAACAAUUGGAAGAACGUUGGCAAAAUGAGAAUUCCAUCAUCAAGCUCCUAAUUCUGCAGUCUCAAGAAGCUUGUCUGCCUUAGAUUAACUGCUAAUUCACAGUGUGUGACAAAUUGCUGGACUGCAAAAUGCCUGCCUAGUUAGUCUCAAGACAACUCUUCAGUGCUGCACUCUUCUGUUCAGAGGUACAACAUUCCAAAGACUGGCUUAAUUGUCUUUAUUCGAUGCUGGAGCAAAGUUUUAGCUUUGCUUAUAUCAACUGAUGAACAUUACUCAUUCAGUCAUCAAACUAUAGAACAUAAAAGUGGAAUCAGGAAACUGGUUGAAUACCCAGAAAUAGAUAAUAUAUAUAUAUUUUUAGAUGUACAUCACCAUCUGUGCAAUUGUUUAUUCCCUCAAGGUUUGUUAAAAUGUGACUGGUCUAUUAUAUUUUAGUAAGCUAGGCCUAAAACUGUUUUUACAAUGUAGAGAAAAUGCUUGUAGUUCUCUUUUAAACGUGUAAUUUAUGCCUGUGAUGUUUUUGUGUCAAACUCUGAAAUAAUGCAUGUUUCACACAUUUGUAGGAAUUAUGGAAUGGUGGUAUACUUAUAUAUUGAAAGAAAUGUAUUGUUCACAAUUUAUUUAACAUCAGUCAGAACUAUGUGUUUUGACAGACCUUCAGCAUCAGAUCAUGUGGUUAAACAAAGUGUUGUUAUCUGGACAGUUCCUUCAUUGCAUGAGUACACAGUGAUCACUGGCCUCUUUCUACAUCUAUACCCUGUGAACCACCAUGAGGUGCAUGGCAUCUAUACUCUUUCAAGAGUUUCUGUCCUCUAUAGACUAUAUGAUGUACAUGUACAACUGUGGUAUGCAUCCAUGUCAUCUUGGAGGUACAGUUCAGAGUAGGCAUUUGAUAUGAUUUCUUGUCAUACACAAAUUGUUGGUGUUGGUGUGAUGUCUUCUCCUCUCAUUUUUCUCUGUUGUUUUAGAAAUCAUAUGGUGCCACCAGUAUUUAUCAAACUGUUGAUGUAUGAAAAUGUGUUUGCUACAAAUAAUUACUGGUACUGUUGUAAUUAUGAAUAAAAAUGAAGGAAGUGGUCUAGUGAAAAUAAAUUGGUACAAUGUUUUGUGCAGUUUUGUUUUCCAGCCAAAACUUAACUAUUUCACAUCAGUAAGACAAUUUCAUAAUAACCUAAUGACCACAUGUUUGUAAGGUUGUAAUAUUUUGUGCCAGAGAAAUAUUCUGUCCUCCCUCUGAAACUCGUCUGCUUUUACAAAGAAUGGGCAGUUACAAUAAGGUUACCAUACACAGUCUUAAGUUAUAUAAUGUUUUUAAUGUUACUAUGUUAUAUAA